GGUUUCAUAGCAACUCAAAACAACCGCGGCAUUCUACCUCUAGAUCGUCAGGUAUUUCUGAGUUAACAUGUCUCACCGCAAGUUUGAACAUCCAAGGCAUGGCUCUCUGGGCUUUCUUCCAAGAAAAAGAGCCUCCCGUCACAGAGGAAAAGUGAAGGCAUUUCCCAGAGAUGAUCCUACCAAGCCAUGCAGAUUAACUGCUUUUCUUGGAUACAAGGCUGGGAUGACCCAUAUUGUUAGAGAAGUUGAGAAACCUGGAUCAAAGCUCCACAAGAAGGAGACUUGUGAAGCGGUUACUGUUAUAGAGGCCCCUCCUAUGGUGAUUGUUGGAGUUGUUGGCUAUGUCAAAACACCUCGUGGGCUUCGUUCUCUGUGUACUGUUUGGGCUCAGCAUCUUAGUGAGGAGGUAAAGAGAAGGUUCUACAAGAACUGGUGCAAGUCCAAGAAGAAGGCUUUCACCAAGUAUUCAAAGAAGUAUGAAACUGAGGAUGGUAAAAAGGACAUCCAGUCUCAGCUGGAGAAAAUGAAAAAGUACUGUACUGUGAUUCGUGUUUUGGCACACACACAGAUCAGAAAAAUGAAGGGUUUGAAACAAAAAAAAGCUCAUCUAAUGGAGAUUCAAGUUAAUGGUGGAGAUGUUGCCAAGAAAGUUGACUAUGCUUACAGUUUAUUUGAGAAGCAGAUUCCUGUUGAUGCUGUGUUCCAGAAAGAUGAGAUGAUUGAUAUAAUUGGUGUGACAAAGGGUAAGGGCUAUGAAGGUGUGGUUACAAGAUGGGGUGUCACCCGCCUUCCUCGUAAGACCCACCGAGGUCUACGAAAGGUGGCCUGUAUUGGUGCUUGGCAUCCAGCUAGAGUGUCUUUCACUGUGGCCAGGGCUGGUCAAAAUGGUUAUCAUCAUCGCACUGAGAUGAAUAAGAAAAUUUACAAGCUUGGGAAGGCUGGCCAGGAGUCUCAUUCUGCUAUGACUGAUUAUGACAGGACUGAGAAAGACAUAACCCCAAUUGGUGGAUUCCCCCACUACGGAGUGGUGAAAGAAGAUUAUGUGCUGAUCAAGGGCUGCUGCGUGGGUCCAAAGAAGCGAGUUGUAACCUUGAGGCAGUCUCUCCUGAACCAGACAUCUAGGGUUGCCUUGGAGGAGAUUAAGCUCAAGUUCAUCGAUACAUCCUCCAAAUUUGGCCAUGGUAGGUUCCAGACAGCAGAGGAGAAGGCAAAGUUCUAUGGAAGGCUCAAGGCUUGAGUGAGCAUGUGAAACAAUAAUGAAAGGAUGAUUAAACUGUCUAGUACAUUUCUCUGCAUUAGUUUUUAGUUCACCAAAACGGAUUAUUAUUUUUGAAUUUUCAAUUCUAUUUUGUCAGUAACUUCUUGGUUAUAUCCAUGAUAGUUUUAAUUAUAUGAUACUCUUUUUUCAAGGAAAAAACAAUAAUAAUGUAAAAAUAUAUAAAAUAAAAUGUGCGUGUGCAA